CAAUUUCACUCAGCAAGAAAGAAAAAACCAGAACAAACAACAAAAACUAAAGGGAAAAAAUCGAAACUCUUCCUUGGCAGUUAGCAUCGGUCGUUGACGCAAAAAAAGAAAGCUUUACAAAGAGAAGUUUAUUUUCGAGGAUUGAUUAAUUAAAUGGGUGAGGUGCUGAGAAUCUGAAAGCUUCCUCUGAUACGCAACAACAAGGACGCUUUACUCUAUUAAACGGCGCCUCUUUUAUUAAUCCACUGGGUAUGGCCUCAUCGUCGUCUUUAUCGUCAUCCAAGGAUUACCUGAUUCAGCUGAUUAAGCGCCUGGGAACUUAUCUCACCCUCAAAAUGUCCAAUAUCUUCUCGAUCUCUCUCCAGAAACUGGAUCCACGAUCUGUUGGAGCUGUUGCAGGGCUUGCUGUUGCAAUUAUCUUUACCUUUAGAUUGAUGAGAUCACCUGCAGCACCUCCAAGAAGGCAACCAAAACGUCAAGCUCCAACAACUAGUACCUCUGCUAUCAGUACUCAGUCAAAUGCAACAUUGAUGCCUUCUGGAGUUUCUUCCUCUUCAGUGGAUUUAAGAGCACAAAAUGUUGUCGAUGAGUUCUUCCAGCCGGUGAAGCCAACAUUGGGCCAAAUAGUUAGACAGAAAUUGAGUGAAGGUAGAAAGGUAACAUGUCGUUUGCUUGGAGUGAUCCUUGAGGAAAGCUGUCCAGAGGAGCUGCAGAAACAAGCAACUGUAAAGUCCUCUGUGUUGGAUGUGCUAUUGGAGAUUACCAAAUUUUGUGAUCUUUAUCUCAUGGAGAGAGUUAUUGAUGAUGAAAGUGAAGUGUUUCAAGGUUCUAAUGGGCAUAUUCUUCUAAUUACAAGCAAAACUCCAGGCCUUUUUUUUGCAUUGGAUAAAAAUGUUCUUCUGGCCUUGGAAAAUGCAGGGAUUUUCACCUCUGGUGGUUUGGUAAAGGACAAGGUUCUCUUUUGUAGCACAGAGAAUGGACGGACAUCUUUUGUUCGGCAACUAGAACCUGAUUGGCAUAUUGACACAAAUCCUGAAAUAGUUUCUCAGUUAGCUAGGUUCAUCAAAUAUCAGCUUCAUGUUUCAGCUGUCAGACCUGAACGGACUGCAGCUAAUGUAUUAAGUUCUCCAUCAUUGGAACACUUCUUUGGAUGUGAUUGACACUUGCACUGGUAAAAAGAUGCAAAUAUGUUUUAAAGUUGUUCUUUACUCCCCUUUGGUCUUUAUGUGCGACUCUUUACAACCCAAUGUUUUCUUUCUUUUGGCACCCAUGUGCUGAUGUCAGCUUUUAUGAUAAGCGAGAAGAUUUAUUUGUUUGAAAUAUGUGAAAUAGGGUUAACAUUCGAACGCUUUUGAAGCAGAGAAAAUUAAUGUUUGUAAUUUAUGUUAGUCAAAGGAUAUGCAAUAAUAAGAAGUAAUUUUGUUGCUCCACUGAGUUUGCCUGGUUUCAGUUAGUCUUAUAAUAUUGCUCGUAUUCUUACUAUGGUCUGCCUUGGGUUGUUUCUUUCGUUAAUUUUUUGUACGGGAGUAUUUGCAUGAAAACAGCUUUAGAUGAUAAUCUGGUAGUGUUGGGUUUUGGGUGGAGAGCUGGAGGGCCUUUCUUCAUACAGCUGUUUUACUUUGUGAAUGUUACUCUGCUCUUACUGCUUCUAAGCAUUGGUAUUUGACAAAAGAAUGCUAUUUUGCUUGGAGUGUCGCCAAAUAACUGUUGGAAAACUGGAAAUUACAAAAAUUUAACUAACUUAUCAGAGGCUUAGCUUGUAGCCAAAUACUUCCUAAUCAAAGUCACACUUACUGGGGAUGUUUCAUGGAGGGGAAGCAGAGAGGACACUUUAAUAAUUUCCAUACUUAAAUAACAUUUUAGCAAUAAAUUGAUGUUUAGAAGGAACUUGAGUUGUGGUCACUCUUGAAUCUCGAUACAGCACAUGCUUUUCGGUCAGAUCUAUAGAUGAAGUGGUAAGCCUAAUUACUCCAUCCAUCCAUCUAUUC